UGUAUAUUUGAGUUGAGUUUAAGCAAAGAGAUGGCGUAGACUCUUGUUGCUUCAUUGCCUAUGUCCAAGCGCAACCUUGAGUCUGUUUGCUGCAGUUCAAGGUCGAUAUUACGCCCUAUUUCUCGUGACUGUUGGUCCCAAUCGCUCGUGAGCUGUGAACUUUUAAGAUUCGUAUUCCGGAAAGUUAAACCUGCUGUUGCAUAGUUUUUGUGGUCUCAAACGCGAGGUGAAUCUUGAAUCAAUGUCGUCCAACCAUUGAAUUUCUGCAGAAGCUUAAGAGAGUGGAUAUGACCUAGAGACGAUCUUCGGAACUACUUUGGAUUGCGGUGAACUUGUUCCUUGAUUGGUUGCUGUUGUUGAGGCCAGGCGGCUGUGGUAGUAGAGACAAUGCCUGGAAAUAGGCGAAGAGAAGAGGAAACGAACAGGGCGAAUGGAGUUGAAGAGGUGGAAAAAGAAUAUCAGGUGGACGAUCUGAGAGAUCGGAUCAGGUCGUCGAGAGGAAGCACAAUCAAUCUGAUCCAGAACGAGUUGGGGCUCGAUCGGAAUAGGAGGAGGAUAUACAGCAGAGAAAGUGUCAUCUAUGGCCUCAAAGACCUCUCCAAUGGUAUGGUCAUCCAUCCUGACAACAGGUUGUAUCAGGUGUGGGUGAAGUUCAUCCUCCUAUGGGCAGUGUAUUCAUCUUUCUUCACUCCGUUGGAGUUCGGGUUCUUCAGGGGGCUGCCCGAGAAAUUUUUUGUACUGGACAUCAUAGGUCAAGUAGCUUUCCUUUUUGACAUAGCCCUGCAAUUCUUUAUCGCCUAUAGGGAUAGUCACUACAAAAUGAUCUACAAGCGCAUCCCUAUCACUCUUCGAUACCUGCAAUCUAGUUUUUUCAUUGAUCUUCUUGCUUGUAUGCCUUGGGACAUGAUAUAUAAGGCUUGUGGAGAAAGAGAAGGAGUGCGCUAUCUACUGUGGAUCAGGUUGUGUCGGGUUCGCAAGGUCACUGAUUUUGUUCAGAAGAUGGAGAAAGAUAUACGGAUCAAUUACCUGUUUACUAGGAUUGUAAAACUUAUUGUUGUUGAACUCUAUUGCACACAUACUGCAGCCUGCAUCUUUUAUUACUUGGCUACCACUCUGCCCCCUGACCAAGAAGGGUACACAUGGAUUGGGAGUUUAAAAUUGGGUGACUAUAGCUAUUCACAUUUCAGAGAGAUAGAUUUGUGGAAGCGGUACAUAACAUCUCUAUAUUUUGCCAUUGUAACCAUGGCAACUGUUGGUUAUGGAGAGAUACAUGCAGUCAACAUCAGGGAAAUGAUAUUCAUAAUGAUUUAUGUCUCUUUUGAUAUGAUUCUUGGUGCUUAUUUGAUUGGUAACAUGACUGCAUUAAUUGUGAAAGGAUCAAAGACAGAGAAGUUUAGGGAUAAAAUGACAGAUCUCAUGAAAUAUAUGAAUAGAAAUAGACUAGGGAGGGAUGUCCGUGAUCAGAUCAAAGGUCACCUGAGGUUGCAGUAUGAAAGCAGUUACACUGAAGCUUCUGUUUUGCAGGAUAUCCCCAUCUCUAUUCGUGCUAAGAUCUCCCAAACUUUAUACAAGUCAUACAUCGAAAAUGUCCCUCUUUUCAAGGAAUGCUCAACGGAAUUCAUUAAUCAGAUUGUAAUCAGAGUACAUGAGGAGUUUUUUCUUCCAGGGGAAGUGAUAAUGGAACAAGGCAACGUGGUAGAUCAACUUUAUUUUGUCUGUGAUGGUAUACUGGAAGAAGUUGGUAUAGGAGCAGAUGGAUCAGAAGAUACUUUUUCACUUCUGGAACCUGACAGCUCAUUUGGGGCAAUCUCUAUUAUUUGCAAUAUUCCUCUACCUUACACCGUUCGAGUUUGUGAGCUAUGUAGGCUUCUGCGCAUUGAUAAACAAUCUUUCUCAAAUAUCCUUGACAUAUAUUUUCAUGAUGGGCGAAGAAUCCUGAACAACCUUCUAGAGGGAAAAGAAUCAAAUAUUCGAUUGAAGCAACUGGGAUCUGAUAUUGCAUUUCAUAUUGGAAAGCAAGAAGCUGAACUUGCUUUGAAAGUUAAUAGUGCAGUUUACCAUGGAGAUCUGCGUCAACUCAAAUGUUUGAUCCGAGCUGGAGCUGAUCCAAACAAGGCAGACUAUGAUGGAAGAUCACCAUUGCAUCUUUCUGCAUCAAAAGGAUACGAAGAUAUUACACUCUUCCUUAUUCAAGAAGGCGUUGAUAUCAACAUCUCAGAUAACUUUGGAAACACACCCUUAAUAGAGGCCUUAAAGAAUGGGCAUGAUAGAGUUGCCUCAUUACUGGUUAAAGAAAAGGCCUCAUUGGGGAUGGAUAAUGCUGGUGGUUUCUUAUGUACUUUGGUUGCAAAGGGGGAUUCAGAUUUCCUCAGAAGGAUAUUAUCCAAUGGCAUUGAUCCUAACUCCAAAGAUUAUGAUCAUCGAACCCCACUCCAUGUAGCUGCAUCUGAAGGAUUAUAUUUAAUGGCCAAAAUGCUUUUGGAUGCUGGGGCCAGUGUCUUUGCUAAGGACAGAAGGGGAAAUACUCCACUCGAUGAAGCACAGAUGUGUGGAAACAACAAUUUGAUCAAGCUACUAGAAGAAGCAAAAGCAACUCAACUUUCUGAAUUCCCCGGUUGCUCUCAGAAAUUCACUGAUAAAGUACAUUUGAGGAAGUGCACAGUGUUUCCUUUCCACCCAUGGUGUCCCAAGGACCCAAAGAAACAUGGGAUUGUGCUAUGGGUUCCGCAUACCAUUGAAGAGCUCAUCAAAGAAGCAGCGGAGCAGCUUGACUUUCCUUUUGAUUCUUGUAUCUUAUUAUCAGAAGAAGCAGGUAAAAUACUUGAUGUCGAUAUGAUUAGUGAUGGCCAGAGGUUGCACUUGAUCAAUCCAGCGCAUUAGAUACGACAUUCUAUUCUACAUUUUUUCCUUUUUGCUUGGCCUUUUCUAUCUUCUUUGUUGUUGGUUAAAUGUAUAGAAAAUUUGAUCACGAUGUCUUGUUGGUGCAUUUAGUAGUAUGUAAAGUAUCCAACAAUCUACUCAUGGUACUAAAAAAAUUGAACACCUGUGGCUAUUAUUUUGAUGUUCACAAAUUAGUUUCUGCUUCU